ACAGUUGCCCAGGAUAGCCGUGGAUAGCAGCAAGCAUGUCUCACUUAGUGACCCGCAAUAUCAAGCCCCUCAGCACGAAACUUCUGUGCGCCAGAGGCCAGCAGGAGCGAUCGUAUAAGACCCUCAAUGGACCGGCUAGACCCUCCCAGAACAUCGUCCUGGUGGACGCUUGCCGGACUCCCUUCAUGGUUUCCGGUACGAAGUACAACAACAUGAUGGCGCAUGAUCUGCAGCGGAUGGCCUUCCAAGGAAUUCUCAGGAGAACGGGCAUCCCGAAAGAGGAAAUCCAGUACAUAAUCGCCGGUUCUGUGAUCGCGGAGCCCAAGACGUGCAAUGUCGCUCGUGAAGCUGCGCUCUGUGGUGGCUUCUCCGAUCGGACUCCGUGUCAUACCGUGACGAUGGCGUGCAUCUCCGCGAACCAGGCUAUAACAACCGCCAUGGGUCAGAUCGCUCUGGGAACUAUCGAUACGGCUAUCGCUGGAGGUGUCGAAUUUCUUUCGGAUGUUCCAAUCCGUUUCUCCCGUAAACUUCGCAAAUUGAUGCUUUCGGCGAACAAGGCGAAAACCCCGAUGCAGAAACUCGGUCUUCUAUCGCAGUUCAGACCGUCUCUGCUCGCUCCGGAACUCCCCGCGGUCGCUGAGUUCACUACCGGCGAGACGAUGGGUCACUCAGGAGACCGACUCGCUGCUUCUUUCGGAAUUACUCGAGCUGAACAAGAUGCCUAUGCUCUUCGAUCGCACACGAUGGCCGACAAAGCAACUAGAGAAGGCUUGCUAACGGACAUCGAGCCGGUGACGUUGCCCAAAGAAACUGAACCGCUGAGCAAGGACAAUGGAAUCAGAGUGUCGACUCCGGAACAGAUGGCCAAAUUGAAGCCGGCCUUCAUCAAACCCCACGGAACCGUAACCGCUGCGAACGCGUCAUUCCUCACAGACGGCGCGUCCGCUUGCGUCAUCAUGACCGAGGCGAAGGCCAAGGCCAUGGGACUGAAGCCCAAAGCCUACCUCAGAGACUUCAUCUACGUCGCUCAGGAUGCCAAGGAUCAGCUCCUGCUCGGACCCGCCUACGCCAUCCCCGUCCUGCUCGAGAGGAAUAAGCUCGGGAUCAAGGAUGUCUCUGUUUACGAGAUCCACGAAGCGUUCGCCGGCCAGGUCCUCGCCAAUUUGCGCGCGAUGGAGAGCGAAUACUUCUCCAAGGAAUUCAUGGGUCGCAAGGCACCAUUCGGUUCUGUCCCGAUGGAAAAGUUGAACAACUGGGGCGGAUCUUUGUCGAUCGGACACCCCUUCGGUGCCACGGGCGUGCGUCUGGCGGUCACGGCCGCGAACCGACUCGAGAAGGAAGGCGGACAGUUCGGUGUCAUCGCUGCUUGCGCCGCCGGUGGUCACGGACACGCGAUGAUUGUUGAGAAGUAUCCCAACUAAGAAGUGGAGAUAUUCAUGAGCUGCAAUAGAGAGCAUCUAUUUUUAGUGAGUUGUACGGAAUUGUAUACUGAUAUGAGACGUUUCAUAAUAAAGUGCACGUUAAUUUUUAUCUGACACCGAA